AUGGCCGUGGAUGGAUAUGACACCCAAUGGUUAUGGGAUACUCACCCAAAUAAUCCCAAUGCCAUAAACGUCCCACCCACAAUCAGCCCCAUUGACACUAUACUGAAGAGUGAAGCUUCAUUCAAUUUGCCACCACAUAAAACGGAGUUCUCAACAGCAGAAGCUGUGUAUGCGAAAGCAUCUACCAUCGAUGGGAAUAUCGAGGCAAUAACAUUGCUUCUUGAUCAGAGUGGUAUUGUGAAGGAAGGAGUUUUUGAGAAAUAUGUCAUCCUUAUUCAUGGGGAUCUUGGGACGAUGGAGAAGAUCAAUGGGAUCUUGAGCUUGCAGCAGAUUGUCAGGGAUCAGCAACGACCCUGGACCCUAUGCCAGCUGCACAUAUGUGCAUGGGAAGUAUGCUGGUAA